AAAUAUCGCGAUUGAAUGAUUCGCUAAAUCUUGGAUGCAUGUAUUAGUAAAAUAGACAAGUAGGCAGUGCUGAUGUGCAGCCUGGGUGCGCACAGAAGCCUCUGUGGUUAUCUGGCUUCAGUGAUAAUUUCUAAAGUAAAGGUAGACCAGUUUCAGGAGUUAGUUACCUCACAUCAGGGGCGGCAGCCAGCCAACACGGAGUCUCCGCUCUCAUGUUACCACCGCAGUGUGGACGCGCUCUCUCUCUAAAUGAAGAUGUUUAGGAUCCGAUACGAAGACGGAUAGAGCUACGAACAGCUUAGACGUCCCUGCAUCGAAAGCAUAAGAGAUCGCAGGCAUUUAUUUUACUUCUCCUUUUUAAGGCGAAGCAGCUCCCGUGGCAAUGGAAGAGACACUUAGGCUGCUGUAAAGUUGCUGAUGACUCGUGGCAACAAUGUUGCAGUUAUGGUCGGUCUUCGUCGCCGUUGCCAUGCUGGCCGUGCAGCUUUGCAUUGGUGACAAAUCCUGCGUCAUCAGAUCCAGUACUGAAUCUGUAGUGCAGCUAGGCUCCAGCUUUGAGGUGUUCUGUAUCUUUAACCUGAAGUGUACGAGUUCCAUGUACAGCGGCCAAGGUCCCACAAAGCAGAAACACAAACCACUGAAUUCUACAACCAUAAAUUUUAAGGUGGUGAACAUAACAGAGAACAGGACAUACAGCUGUCACUGUGAGAACCGUAAAGAUCUGGACCCCUGUGGACUUGACAUCUCAGCUGGAUACCUACCAGAUCGCCCUAAAAACAUUUCAUGCAUCUACAAAAUAGUAAAGAAUGAAAGUGGAGUUGUGGUCUGCAUUUGGAACAGAGGACGGGACACUAAUCUUCGAAACAGUUCAGCGCUUUGGGUGAAGGGGGUCUCUGGAAAUCACUCAGAUGGAUCAACGCCAUACAAAGUCUCCAAUAAGGGAACCGAGUUGCUGUCGGUGAACUUCACUGUCUCCAGAUCAGUCGAGCUCAUCUCAGUGUGGGUUCAAACUGAAAAUCCACUGGGUUCUGCACAAUCGUCCAUCAUUAACUACACACUCAGUAAAAUUGCGAUGCCGUCGACUCCCGUUCUCGGCAAGCCAGAGUGCUACUCCCGGAAGUGCAUCAUGAAAGUGGAGCAGUCUGUGAGGACUCAGCACCUGGAGGUCCAGUACAGGGCAGAAAAGCAGACAUGGACAACUUAUCAGGACUCAGUUGUGCAGAUGAAUUCCUCCCACUGGUCCAUCUCUUCUCUGGAGCCCUAUAGGUUGUACCAUUUCAGGGCCAGAUCUAAAUUCAGCACCGGCCUGUGGAGUGAGUGGAGCACAAACAUUUGCGCAUGGACUCAAGAGGAACCCCCUGCCAAAGAGCUGGAUGUGUGGCUUGCAUCUGAUUUUAAACACAUGAAAGUUUACUGGAAGGAGGCGAACGUUUCCGUCUCUAGAGGGAAGAUCCUAGGAUAUGAACUCAGCAUUUCUAGCUCUAGUGUCAUCACUAACGUCAGUGCCAAUGAAAGGAGUUGUCUAGUUGAACUUUGUGCCAGCUGUGAUGUGACAGUGAGGGCUCGCAACUCCAAAGGGCUGUCCCCUCCUGCGAGAGUAACAACCCGCCGUACUGAAGCCAAACCCCCUAACAACUUACAAGUAACAGCCAACAACUCCAAUAUCACCAUCUCCUGGACAAAACCUGAAACUGCACCGCCACCCACCGCAUAUGUAGUGGAGUGGUACCCAGAUGGCAACAAGUUGGAGGAGCUCAGAUGGGUCAGGCUGGGCGAGAACGAAAACCACGCUGUCAUUUCAGAUGUCCAGCCAUUUGAGUGCUAUGACGGAGCGGUGUAUGUGCUCUAUAAUGAGAGCUCUAUUAGUUGGAAAUUUAAAGGUGUUGCCACUUUGGAGUCAGCUCCGGUAGCCGGCCCACGUGUCCAAGAGAAGGUUGAGGGAAGAAACAACGUCAACAUUACCUGGAGUGAGCUUGACAGGAGUCAGCGAAGGGGCUGCAUUACCAAGUAUACUAUCUAUUUGGAGACCACAGAGAACUCUAAAAACUACUCAACACCAGGAUCAGAGAGGACGUAUAUAAUUAAGGACCUGCCUCCAGCAGAGUACAGAUUGUGGAUUAGUGCUUCAACAGCUGUAGGAGAAGGCCCUGCAGGUCAAAAGAUCAAGUUCUUCAUUACACAGGACGCCCAAGCAUUCCUCCUACCAGCGUUUAUUAUCGGCACUGUGAUUGUGGUGAUUCUUCUGUGUUUGUGCCACAACUCAACAGUAAAGCAAAGGUCUUGGGAGCUUUGCCAGUACUUCAUGCUAGAUGUUGUGCCAGAUCCUGCAAACAGCAAGUGGGCCAAAGAGUAUACCCAAGACAAGGGCAACAUGAACCUGCCGCUCCCACCAUGCAGCUCCAGUGAACCCAGGGAGGAAGAAAAGCUCAUCCUGGUGAAUGUGGAGGAGCUACCCAAGCAGAACAGUGAAUCUAGAAAACCAAUCUUGCGUAUGUCUCCUUCAACCAGACUGAGCUCUGAGACUGAGCCAGAGUCGGUCAUUCCAACCACCUACAUUAAGAGUUUGUCCCACGACUCAGACAGCUCUGAUCACACGCACACGUCUCUGGACACAACUGUUGAUUAUAUUUCAUCACACGAGCCCGGAAAUUUGGACGAGGAAGAUGAUGAGGAGAAAUGUGGAGAGUUUCUGGACAUGCCUUUCAUUUCCAAUCAAAACAUCUUCAUAGAGCCGCUGGUGUUUGGAGGGAAGCUGACUCUGGAUGCAGUGAAAAUUGACUGCAGUGACUUCUUUCAGAACGCUUAGUAAAACUGAAAGCAAAUGAAAGCUGUUUUUAGAGGAAGAAUGCUGAUAAGCCAACAGCCCAGAAACAAAGAACUGCAUGAACUACCUCCAUGCUCACUGAAACCAGAGAACCUUUGCUUAAGUCUGAGCUUCAGUUAUGCAGUAACAAUUUUAAACCUAAAGGGUAUUCUUAUCAUGUCAUGCAUUACAAUUGUUUUCUCUCCAAAAUGGCAAUGGACACACUAAUAGCUUGACUACAAUUAACAGGACAGACUUGCAAGAGAUAUUGUCAUUUCUGAUCUGGCUGAAGAAAUUUCCUAAUCAGACUUGUCAUAGAAAGAGAAGCAGAGGGAUUACUUAGUUCCUGACGCAAAAAUAGAAUUCAGACAUCAUCUGCUUUUCUGUUGGUGCUUUUCCUGCUAUGACAUGUAGACAUGUCCUCUCCUUUGUAAAAGAUCAUCCCAAAUGCAUACUCUGUUAUAGCCUUGACUAUCCUGUGCAUAUGCAUUUAUCCUACCUCAGUCUUAGCUCAUCUACAAAAGGAGGAAGUUAAACUGGACCAUUUAGAACUAACUGCAACUUUUUAAUUUGAGACAAAUCCAACACCCCAGCAGUGUUGAGAGACAAUAGCUAAUAUUAGCCUGACAACAUCACACAAAGCCAGUAAAACCAUGCUGAUGUUUAUAGAAUAUGAUUACUACACUCAACAAACACUUCAUUAGAAUAUCUGUAUAUCUGCUUGUUUGUGCAGUUAUGGAAACAGCCAGUCAACUUGGUACAGCAUACACUCCUGCAGAUAAACAUUCAGGAGUUUCAGAAUGAGAAAAGUAUGAUCUUUGAGACCAAGUAUGAUUCUCUGUUUCAGGUUUUCAGUUUACUCUAAUACCAAAAAAUCAGGAGAAAAGCUUUAUCUUAUCUCUGAUAAGCCCUCUUUCCAGCUGCACUGAGCAGAAAACCAUCUUAGACCUGUCGAGUUUCCACAUCAGGAAUCACUUCUGUUGGCUGAAAACAGAAAUCUGAAACUGCAGCCAGCACAGGCUCACCAACACUGGUAAACACAGUCUGCACUGACGAUUAUUCACAUCUGCUGAGGCAACACUUGUAGGAUUCAUGUUCCCAGCUUGCUUUGAGUCAAACAUCUGACAACAGUUGUGUAAUGACUUUGGACCCUGCAAUCAUCUCAGGACUUUAUGGUGUGCAUCUUUUUCUGGUCACAAUUUUCUACUUUUAAUGCUAAAUUCAACAUGUUACAAAGCAGAAGUUACCUUUAAUUGUUUAAUUAACGUGAUAAAUUUAGCGGCCUCCCCAGUCCCCAGAUCUACAUCCAGUAGAACACUACUGGCUCAUUAAGAACAGGCAAAUAAUAGCAAGAAUAUGUAUCUGAUUAAUAUAAAAAUAAUGUGAUGCAUUUCUAUCAAAAGGGGCAGAAACAAAAAAAGGGAUACUUGGUGUGUACAUAUAACAUCCACAUUUAUCAGUUCUAUCUUAAUACAAAUGACAAUUACCACUGAACACAAAGUGCCGCUGAAUCAGAUACAUUUUGCAAAGAUGUGACAGAUGCCAUCAGCAAUAAAGUCUUUAAAGCCACAAACAUGAACUUCAUGACAGGGUGAAAGAAAGUCAAAGCAAAUAUAUUUGGAUGUGGAUAUAUUUCAGUCUGAACUGAGUGACGUUGUCAUCGGUUGUUCCAGGGCUGGCAUAGCAAAAAAACAAAAAAACACAAAAAAAGUAAAAUCUGUUGAAUGUACAGUGCUAUUCUUUUAUGUUUUUCAAAACAAUCUUGUGUUUUGAGCGACCUCUUUGAUGAUUUUGCACCCUUUGACUAUGACUGUCUUUAUAUGGGAAUCGGCGUAGCUCAUAAAUAUAUACUUAAUUUACUUAGAUGUCAAUACCAAUAAAUGAGUUCAUCAUUCAGA